AUGCGCAUCUCCUUUGAAACCGUCACGGCCGUGCUGGCCUGCCUUUCCACCGGCUCUGCGCUUCAGAUCCCCGCCGACACGCCUCUGUCCGAACUGAUCGCCUCCGCCAAAGCCCAUCUGGCCAAGGGGUCCCCGCGCGAUGCCCUCCCUUACUUUGACGCUGCGGUGUCCCGCGAUCCGUCCAACUAUAUCACCCUCUUCCAGCGUGGCGCGGCCUACCUGUCCAUUGGCAAGAACAGCCAGGCCUCCGAGGACUUCAACCGGGUGUUGAAACUGAAGCCCGACUUUGAAGGAGCGCUACUGCAGCGCUCACGUCUGCACGCCCGCUCGGCGCAGUGGAAAGAAGCAUUGAAGGAUCUGGAGAAGGCGGGGAAGAAGAACUCGGCCGAGUACGAGGAGCUGCGCGCCGCACGCGAUGCGGCUGGCUUGGCCCUGGCGGCGGAGAAGAAGAAGGACUGGGAGGCGUGUGUGACGCAGGCGGGCGUGGCGAUUCUCAAGGCGAAUACGGAUUUGACAUUGCGACAGACUCGCGCGCACUGUCGAUUCGAGAGAGGGGAGAUCGAAGAAGGCGUGAGCGAUUUGGCGCAUGUGCUUCAGAUCUCGCCCAACUUGGUGGAGCCGCACUUGCAGAUGUCGUCCAUGUUGUUCUAUGCGCUAGGGGAUAGCGAUCGUGGACUGGCGCAGAUUCGCAAGUGUCUGCAUACGGAUCCUGAUGCCAAGGCGUGUAAUCGUCUGUACAAGCGUGAGCGACAGCUGGCGAAGGCGCUGGACAAGGUGCGGAGUGCGCUGGAGGCGCGCAAGUUCAGCAAUGCGGUCAAGUUGAUGGUGGAUGACGGGGCGGAACCUGGGUUGAUCACCGACGUGAAGAAUGAUGUUGCUGAGGCGCGAAAGGCUGGUCAUAUCUAUCCGGCGGCGUCAAAUCAUCUUUACAACUUCUUGCUUGAAAAGACAUGUGAGGCUUAUCGAGAGAUGCGCAUGGUCAAGAAGGCUGGUCCUUAUUGUACCGAAGCUCUCCAAGUUGUACCCCAUUCACUUCACGGGCUUCUCUACCAAGCCCAAACACAACUCGACCACGAUCAAUUCGAAGAGGCGGUUCGCACAUUAAGUACCGCCCGUGAGCACCACCCCCAGUCUCAGGAAAUCCCGUCUCUUCUCCAAAAGGCCCAGGCCCUUCUCAAGCGAUCUAAGCAAAAGGACUACUACAAGGUCCUCGGCGUCAGUCGCGAUGCCGACGAACGCACCAUCAAGCGGGCCUAUCGUCAAUUGAUGAAACUCCACCACCCAGACAAGGCACAUUCGCAAGGAGUCUCCAAAGAAGAGGCCGAAAAGAAGAUGGCGGCAAUCAACGAGGCGUAUGAAGUGCUUUCCGACGGAGAACUACGCACGCGGUACGAUAACGGGGACGAUCCCAACGAUCCUGAGUCCCAACAACAGCGUGGAAACCCCUUCCAGCAGGGCAAUCCAUUUGGCCAUGCUGGUGGACAACAGUACUUCUUCCAACAGGGUGGUCGCCAGUUCAAGUUUGGUGGCGGUGGUGGUGGUUUUGGUGGUGGUGGAUUUGGAGGAUUCCCCUUCCAGUGA